AGGUGGGAGCCCUGCGAGCGGGUUAAUGAGUCACCGAGUCACCGCCAGCACCGUCCCGGCACCCGCCGCGGUGCCAGGGCCACGCUGUGCGCCCAUCUCAGCACCCGGGGACAUCGCCGGCCCCGGGAAAGCCCCAUGGCCGCGAGGUGUGGGCAGCGGCCGCAGCUCCCGGGAUUUGCAUGUUGGUGAUUAAGACAAUCAUUAGGCAAUUGGUGCGGUUACCACAUCGGUGUGAAUCCCCGCGGCCGCUAUAAAUGCCCCAAUCGAUGAGGCUGCCCAGAGCCGGGGCAGGAACCAGCCGUGCCGGGCCCGACCGCGCUGCCGACAGGAGGAAACGCCGCAUCGGGGACCAUGUGCCGCCUCACCCGUGUGCUGGCUCUGGCGCUGGCGCUGCUGUGGGCGCCGUGGCGGGUGCUGCACGGGGCGCCGCUGGCUGAGCUCUCGGGGGACCAGGACUUCCAGCUCUUCCUGCACAAGAACCUCGAGUUCACCCGCAAGAUCAAGGGGGACGUGGCUGCGCUGCAGCGCGUGGUGUGUGACACGUUCCAGCUGUGCCAGGAGGAAGAGCUGCUGCUGGUGCGGCAGGACCUGGGCAUCGCGCAGGCGCCGCUGGAGCAGUGUCACAGCCGCACCUUCCACGCGGAGGCCUGUUUCAGCCAGAUCCGCAACGGGCUCCGCGUCUACCAGGGCUCCCUGGCCGCCGUGCGGGAGCUGCUGCCCGGCCACGCGGGGCUGGUGGAGACGCUGCAGCUGGACGCAGCCAACCUGUCCUCCAACAUCCAGCAGCAGGUGGAGGACCUGGGCCUGGCCACGGUGACGUUCCCCACGGAGGACCGGGACCCCCUCCCCGCCUUCUCCUCCCGCUUCCACCACCAGGUCGGCGGCUUUUUCAUCCUGGCCAACUUCCAGCGGUUCCUGGAGACGGCAUACCGGGCGCUGCGGCACCUCGCCCGCCUCUGACACCCCGCACCCUAUUUAUUUAUGUCCCACCCCGCGAGCGCCCGGCUUUUCUGCUUCUUUUUGUAAUAUUUAUCGCUAUUUAAUAUUUAUCCAGCCGGGGAGGCUCCCCCGCCCAUGGGUCGCUGGGCAGGGUGGCCGGCCCCGCGGUGGCACCCGUGCACGGGUAUCCGUGCGCAGCAUCACCCUUGUUUAAUAUUUAAACAAAAGCGUAUCUCUGCUAUGAGUUUUGGGAGCUGGGCUGAGCCCCAGCAGCUCCCGCAGGCACCGCCUGUGCCUCAGUUUCCCCAACGGCUUGUGCAGGGCGCUGCGGGUACCACCGCAGCAUCCGCCCCGGCCGAGGGGAAACCGUCUUCAUCUGUGGAUGAAGAUGCUCCAGAGCAGCAUCUCCCUGCCUGGGCUGCGGGGACAGACCUGACAAGUGUUGUUUCUAUUAGCCACAGAGAUAUUAAUUAAUAUUUAUUAACCAUUAGGUAAAGACGAAGGAGGGGAGGUGCUGGAUGAGGCUUUUCCAGGGAAGUCCCAACACCUUCCCUCCUAAACUCAGUGUAUUUAUUGCAAUUUAACUUAUUUGUCUGCGUCUCCUGGGCCGGGCAGAACGCGGUCCCGCUGCCCCGAGCCCGGCGCGGCCCCGGCGCAGCCCCCGCUCUCGUGGUUGUGCCGGCAGCUCCCCCGGCCCACGCGGCCGUAUUUGCGUCCUGGAAACUUCGCAGCCGAGCGGUGUGUUUUGUACUGUAUUUAUUGCUGCAGCUGGGUGAGCCCCAGAGAAACACGUGAUGGUUUUUAUAGAUAUAUAUAUAUGUGAUAAAAACGGAAAUAAACUAUU